CAGUUUGAAUUUCGACGUGCUACGUAACAGACGUGUGCUGCUGUGUGUGCCCAUGUGCAAUUCUGCUGCCGUACCAAGCCAGGCACGUACUGCAACCGCCUCUCGAAUAGAACGCGCCAUUGCAAUAAAUCAAGCGAAAAGUAUUUGAUUAGCAACAAAAAAAGUAAAUAAAUAAAAAAUAACAAAUAAAAUGCAGCAAUGCGAAAUGUACAUUCGAUGCGCAUACGAUUUUAAUUGAUUAACACAUCGCAAACAGUGUGCCUCAGUGUGUGUGUGUGUGUGCGUGCGUGUUAGUGAUUGUGUGGGUGGGUGCAAUCUGCCGCAGUUGUGAAGUAAGGCUAGGUGUUGCAGAGUGCGGAGUGCGGAGUGCAACAAACAUACCGUUGCCUUAGUAGUAGCUUCGAUCGUAAUACUGCCGCGGCAACUGCAUUGUUUUUAUUUUGUUUGACUUUGAUCGUGUGCUACGCUCGAAUCCUCCCUUGCCAACCCCCCGGUUCCACCAGCUCUCUCUCCCUCGUUGUCCCCCGGUUAGCGCGUGCGUGUCGUAACUUUUGAUUAGGUUGGUUUUCUGUGCUGUGUUCCAAGACUCGUCUUCAAGUGCCCCGUCACAGUCACCAUCACCAUCAUCAGGAGUUGCAGCUCACCCUUUGGAACAUUGCGCUUGGCGUUUCUUUCGUAACUUAUCACCGCCUACAUCGCAUUAUUUUUGCAGCCGUUUGCCGUUUUCGAAGUGCCGGAAUUUGUAAAGCAUGCAUCUAUAAUAACUGUUAAAUAUUUAUUGGAAACGGGUAAAAAAUAAUUUGAAUUUUUGCUGGCCAGCUGUUCAUCGAGGUGUGAUCUUUGUGGCUGUUGUCUAAUAAAUCAAUUGUAUUUAUUUUUCACAACACAAUUCGACGCGAAGUUUUACAACAAAUUUCGAAAAGCUAAUGUAAAAAAGACUCGACACAACAAUACGCAACAUUAGCAAGAAAUAAAUUACACACCAAAAAUAAAUAUAAAAAAAAAAAACAACAACAAAAAAAUACAGCAUAAAAAUGUCUAUCAAUAAAAAUGUUGAGGGCGUGGCCAAUGGCCGUCUCUUUGUUGCGACGCUGCUGACUCUGGUCUUGUGUGGCCUGCAGCUGGAUCUUGGCGCCGAGGCACACGUCGCCCUCACGUAUCCACCUGCCCGCGGCUUCGAUCUGGAUUUCUUGGAUAACUCGCGGACAAAGGCCCCAUGCGGCAUGCCCAAAGGCUCUAUACGCACCUCUCUGCUGUCGGGCACCAUGUUUAAUGUCACCUGGCACUUGGCCUAUCCGCACAAGGGCGGCUUCCGUUUACAGUUAUUGGAUGCACUUGACAGACCCGUGCUGGAUCUGACACCCCACGUCAACAACUCGGAAUUUGUUCGCACCGAUGUCACCGCCCAAUCGUAUCAGGUGAACAUACCCAAGGAUUUUGAGUGCUUCAAUUGCACGCUGCGUCUGCUGCGCCAGGCUGAUGAGUGGUCGGGUAGCUAUCGCUUCUGGUCAUGUGCGGAUGUGGACAUCAAGAUGCGCAAGGACUUCAAGGAGACCUGCUCCGGCAAUGGCAAAUACUAUCCAUCGCGCUGCAAGUGCGAGAAGAACCACUACGGCGACCACUGCCAGUACCGGGAUGAAUGUACCAGCAAUGCCGACUGCGGCGCCAGUCAGGGCAAGUGCAUCGAUCUGGGUGGCACCUCUCUGCCCCGGCGCCAGUGCUACUGCAACUUUGGCUGGCAUGGCAUCGGCUGCAACAAGCGUUCGCCCUACAAGUCGACCAGCCUGGAUCUGACGUCCUAUGCGAAGAAGGAGCUAUCCCCGGACUAUCACAUGUACUGGCGUCUCUUGGAGGAGGAGAAGGAGAUCGAGAUGGUGCUCAAGGUCAACGGUACCUCUUGGGUGGGUCUGGGCUGGCGUCCACGUGGUCUGACUCCGGAAUGCAAGAAUUUCCCACUCAUUAAAGACAUUGGAGACUUGACGACAACGCUCGAAGGACUGGGUUCGGAACCAGAGCCCAAGAGCGAACCAGAACCGAAGAGUGAACCUGAACCCAAGAGUGAGCCUGAACCCAAGAGUGAGCCAGAGCCCAAGAGCGAACCGGAACCGAGGAGUGAGCCAGAGCCGAAGAGUGAACCGGAGCCCCAGAGCGAGCCAGAACCCAAGAGUGAGCCGGAACCGAAAAGCGAACCGGAACCUAAGAGCGAACCCGAACCGAAAAGCGAACCAGAGCCGAGCACCAAAACGAAACGUGUCGCCAAACAUGAAGAUGAAUUUGCCCAUAUUGACGGUGUGACCUCAGUGUCCACCAGUGUAUCCUAUCGUGUCAGCAGCAAACCUGGUCGCAGUCGCCGUCAAGUCACAGAGCCAAAUAGCACAGCGGAGCCGAGCAGCGAACCGGAGCCGACAACGACGAGUGCACCGGAACCGAGGAGCGAACCGGAGCCGAAGAGCGAGCCAGAGCCAAAGAGCGAACCGGAGCCGACGAGCGAGCCUGAGCCGAAGAGUGAACCUGAACCGAAAAGUGAACCGGAACCCAAGAGCGAACCGGAACCCAAGAGCGAGCCUGAACCCACAAGCGAGCCUGAACCCAAGAGUGAACCUGAACCCACAAGUGAACCCGUACCCAAGAGCGAACCCGAACCCAAGAGCGAACCAGAACCCAAGAGCGAACCUGAACCCAAAAGCGAACCUGAACCCAAAAGCGAACCUGAACCCAAGAGCGAACCGGAACCCAAGAGCGAGCCUGAACCCAAGAGCGAGCCUGAACCCAAGAGCGAACCGGAACCCAAGAGCGAACCGGAACCCAAAAGUGAGCCAGAACCCAAGAGCGAACCGGAACCGAAGAGCGAACCAGCGCCCAAAAAGUCGGCAAACCUUGAGUCAGCAGAGCCCAAGUACAAGCUUAAUCCGUACACGCCGCGUCACGACUUCAAUCCGAUGGAUUGCACGGAUAUUGUCAUUGGUACGGCACGCGGCAUGGCCAGUCGGGUGGGAGAUUACUAUACUCGGGAUCGGUCCACGCCGCGCACCGAUGAGUUCUAUGGUGGCAAAUCGGAUUUGUCAUUGGGCACCGGCUACGAGGAGAAUGGUGUGACCACAAUUAUAUUCCGCAAGAAACUGGUGGCCAGCGAUGCCACCGAUCACACCCUGGACGAUGCGUUAACGCACGUCAUCUGGGCCAAGGGUCAGGAGCCGAAUGGCUAUGUGCAUGUGCCAGCCUCUGGCUUGGAGACAGAAGCCUCAUCCGUCAAGGACUUCUACCAGCCGGAUGAACUCAAAUACCAUGGACACAAGAUGCAACGCGGCGUAACCCAAAUCAACUUCUUUGAAAAAGAUAAGCCCACUGCUACUGCCACUGAUCGGAAUGAUCUGAGCACCAAUGUGCUGGACAACGACUGCUAUGGUCACUGGAAGUAUCCCUCGGACUGUUCGCCGCAGGAGCACAGCUGCGAAUACUACGCCAGCUGGGAGACUGUCGGACGUGGAGACGAGAUGCGCUGGCACAUUGAGACAUCGAAUACGCAGACAUGGACGGGCAUUGGCUUCAGCAAUGAUCAGCGCAUGUCGCAGACCGAUGCCAUCAUUGGCUGGGUGGAUGGACGCAGCGGUCGUCCCUUCCUAAUGGACACCUGGGUACUGGGCUAUGCGCCGCCCAAGCUAGACGAACGCCAGGACAUCUACAAUGCAUCCGGUCGCAUCGAGAAGGGUGUCACGAUCCUCGAGUUCAAUCGCAAGCGUGUUAGCAACGAUGAACAGGACUUGUCCUUCACGGACGAUCACUGCCUCUAUCUGUUCUUCCCCGUGCUGGGCGGUGCCUUCAACGUCGUCAACAAAAAGAUACGUAAACACGAACAAGUGCCACCUAUUUCAGCGCGUCGCGUCUGCAUCAAGUCCUGCGGCAAAGAGCUGGAAUCGGUUUUCGUUGGUACCAGCACACCGGCGCCCAGUCGCCUGGUCUAUGCCGUCGGCGUAAAGCUGAUGAACUUGGCAGAAUCCUUUAAGGCACCCAAGCCCGGCACUGUGGACUUUAACAAUCUAGCGGCAACCCUUUCCGACUCCUUCAAUGGCAUACUCUCAGCCAUCCCUGGCUACUAUAAAACCGAGAUAUUGGGCUUUGAAAAGGAGGGCAACUCAAUGGUGGCCAAGGUGCAGGCCAUGUUCGAUAAGUCCGAUGUGGAGAAGCUGCACACGCUGGACACCAACAACAUCGAGAAGACCAGCGCAGCCGCCGUCCAAAAGAAUGCGGCAGCAAUCAAAGCAGCUCUACAGGACCAGAUAGCCACCGGCAAGGUGGGCUCCUAUACAGUGGAUCCACAAUUUUUGGACUUUGAGGCGCUCGAAUAUAAGAGUACGGAGGAUAUGAGUGCUAAGGAUACGUUGCUCUCCUUCUUCGAUCUGUCCGAGACACGUUUGUAUAUUGUCCUAGGUCUGAUUGCAGCCCUGGUGCUUAUCGCCCUGAUUCAAGCGUUCUGCACCAUUUUGAAGACAUCGCGCAAAAGCAAAAAUACAAAGGAGAAGCUCAUACAGAACUCACCCUGGAAGGAGUUUGCCUCGAACACCAACUACGCAUUCGAUCCUUAUGGUGAGACCGAGGAGAAGCACAUGACCAGCAGCACGACGGCCAAGGAGAAGGCACGCAAUCGUUCCUCGUCCAGCAGCCAACAGACCACCUUACCCAUGUCCCACUCACCCACCAGCAAAUCGCAGAUGUACUAUGAAAACAGCAAUGUGGCCAAUGGCCAGAGCCAUGGACAGGGCAAGAGCAGCAGUGCCAAAAGUCGUUCCAGCAAUGGUCGCCAAGUGACUCAGGAGAGCAGUGUGGGUGGCGGCGUCGUUGCCACUGCACCAGGACCCUAUACGCGUGGCAGCUAUGCGGAGCGUGCCUACUCUCUGCCCCGCCAGAAUCAUCAGUACCAGCAGAGUUCGGCCAAUAUGCAGCCAUCCGGCUAUUAUACGCACGAUCGACGUGCUGCACGACAGGAGCGCGAGCGGGAAAGGGAGCGUACGGGUGGCGAGGAGCGACGUCAUCGAAAUGAACGAGACGCCAGCUAUGAUCGAUCGCGCGAUGAUCCACGCUUGAAUGGCGGGGCCGAUACGCCAGACUUUUAUUUUAUGCCGUCGCAACGCAAAUAUUCCGGUGAAGUGGUGCGCGUCUAUGUGGACUACAACAAGGAUCCAAAGCACUAGAAAAUGCACAACACAAAAACCCCCUCGUUGCACAGUGCAUACACAAAACGUUAAAGCUUAAAGUUAAAAAACCACAACAACAAAAAUCCAAUCAAUUCUUUUACUUUACACCGUUCUUAAUCCGUCAUUUCUCUUCGGGCUUCUGCUGCUUCUCGUUUCGAUUGCCAUACAGCAGUUUCACUGCAUGCGUUUUUAUUUUAACGUUGGGUGUUUUUCCCCAUUUCCACAUUUUGUUUGGGUGCGUAAGCUUUAUAACAAUGCACAAAGCGCACAGACGCAGAGUUAAUAUGAUGUUCAGUUCAGGAAAUGUUUUAAAAUUCACAAUUUAGUAAAUUGUAAAUAUUUUGCAGAUAAUACAAUGUGUACAAUGUGUUUUCUGAACAAGCAUUGAUUCAGGACUUUUUUCUCUUUUAUGUGCAAAGAAAUAUAGUCACUGUAUUUAAUCAAAUUAAAUAUGUAUAUGUAUGUUAAUAGUUUAAAAAGAAAAAACAAUGUUGAGCGCAUUAUACGACAUAAUACUCGUACAAAAUGUUUAAUUUUAGCUUACAUUAAUUAAGUACAUAUUAAUAAAAUUAGGCACUUAAUUUACAU